AUGAAUCUCGCUGGAAAGCUGAAGCGCAGCAUCGCUGCCGAGCAGGGCCGGCUCGAAAUGCGUCGGCGUCUGAAUGCUCCAACCUCCAACACCGGCCCGGGACUCGGCCUUACCUCACGUGCCGUCACUUGCCAAGUGAUGCUUCUGAGAGGCUCCUCCAGUGACUUCCACAAGAUUGCCCCUUCGAGCGAAGAUCCACUCACCAACCCGCUGACAGGCGCAACACCCUUUUUUCAUUUCCGAGAACCCGACUGCGUAACUACGUGGCUACGUGGGCCAGGCAGUCAGGCCCAGGAUGACACGUUGGCGCGGCACCUGGCCAUCCAGCUGAAGCGGCUCAAGGCGUUUGUCUCUUUCUCUUCUUGCUUUCGCUUGCUUUCACACUGUGCUCUCACACUCCUACAGGUGGUGGAAUUUAUGCGGACCUUGCUGCGGAGGAACCCAGAGGCACUUCGGAAUUAUCGAUUUGAAGAUGUUAAUCUGAGCAGUGCUUUCAUUGUCGCGUGGGUCACCAUGGUCGGGCCUGGCCUGAUGGAAUGGCAUCCGGUACCGAAGCUACUUAAUCAUGUAGAUAACGGUGCUCGGAAGUCUUGGAUUGACAGCCCCUUCAACUUUUGA